GUCCUAUAAUUGAAUUUUUUUCUUUCAAAUAUUAUUGAUUCUGAUAUUACAAGGCGGAGAUUGAAAACGUAAGGUCGUUUUGUUGCUGUUUUUGUUUUUUAGCUCUUAUCCUUUCAAAAAACCCCCAAAUUUAUCCCCUUUCAUUCUACUCUUGUCUCUUCUCAAGCACGAAUCAUUUGAUUGGAAAUCCGAAGUUCACAACUGAUGAAUUCAAGGUUAUAUAUUUCAAAGGGGGUUUCUUUUCUGUUCAAAGUGACAGUCUUCUCCGGCGGCCUUGAUUUAAAUUUCCAGAUAAACUGAGUUUUUGACAAAGAAUAUACGAAAAAUCGGGAAAAUUCCGGGCGGAGAACAGGUGGGUUUUUUUAUUUAUGCCUGAUUCUGAAUGCUAAUCUGAAGCUCUGAAUCUUGGAGGAUAGCUGGCGAUUAACUUCCAAUCAGGAAUUAUGAUGAGCGUCAAGGAUUGGGUUUUAUCUCAGCUACUAUCCAACUCAUUAGCCACAUCUAGGCCACUGUCUGCAAAUGACAGCCUUUUAUCUGAGGGACAUCUGGAUGAAGAGUUUCGCAGCGAAGCUCACACUUCAAUUAGAGUCCCUGUUUCUACCGGUUCAUAUCACCAUUCGGGAUAUAAUCAGGAGAAUCCAAAUGAUGCCCCUUACGCUUCUGGUGAUAGCCAGGAAGAUCAGGAUAAUUUCAGUUCACGGCAAAUUGAAGGUCGUGAUUCUAUACAGUCUGAUUGUACAGUUGAUGUGAAGAAGUUAGACCCGGUGGGGAAGAUUGAGUGUCUUCAAAUUAAGUUCUUGCGUCUUCUUAGGCGAUUUGGCUUUUCACAAGAUAACCUUUUGGUGUCAAAGGUCUUAUACCGGCUUCAGCUUGCAAUGUUGAUACGAGCAGGGGAAUCAGAUCUUAGAAGGGUGAAUAUAAGAAUUGAUAGGGCUCAGGAAAUUGCAGCAGAAAGAGAGGUAUCUGGACUUCCUAAACUGGAUUUCUCCAUCAAAAUACUUGUGCUGGGCAAAAGUGGUGUUGGGAAGAGCUCAACCAUAAAUUCCGUAUUGAAUCAAAUGAAGGCACCGACUAAUGCUUUUCAGCCUGCUACUGAUCACAUUCAGGAGAUUGUGGGAACUGUGAAUGGUAUUAGAAUUUCCUUCAUUGACACUCCUGGCCUUUUGCCUUCAUCACCAAGUUCCUUCAGAAAAAACCGGAAAAUUUUACACUCUGUGAAGCAAUUUGUGAGAAAAUCUCCUCCAGACAUCAUAUUGUAUUUUGAACGCUUAGACUUGAUCAACAUGGGUUAUAGCGAUUUCCCAUUGCUGAAGCUUGUAACUGAAGUCUUUAAUCCAGCAAUAUGGUUUAACACCAUUCUCGUCAUGACUCAUGCUUCCUCAUCGCUUCCUGAAGGUCCCAAUGGUUAUCCUAUCAGCUAUGGUUCUUUCAUCAGUCACUGCACAGAUUUGGUACAACACUAUAUUCACCAGGCCGUGUCGGAUACGAAACUUGAGAAUCCUGUACUUUUGGUGGACAAUCAUCCUCAUUGCAGGACUGAUAGCAAGGGAGAGAAAAUUCUUCCAAAUGGACAAGUGUGGAAGUAUCAAUUUUUUUUAUUGUGCUUAUGUACCAAAGUUUUGGGUGAUGUGAAUAACCUCUUGGACUUUAGAGACAGCAUACAACUAGGACCAUUUAGUAGUAAUCGACUUCCUUCUCUUCCUCAUCUUCUUUCUUCUUUUCUUAAGCAUCAUACUGAACUGAAGCUGAAUGAAUCAGAUAACAAAAUUGAUGAGGUUCUUCUUUCAGACUUUGAAGAAGAUGAUGGUUAUGAUCAGUUACCUCCAAUUCGUAUUUUAACGAAAGCACAAUUUGAGAAAUUGAAAAGCUCUCAGAAGAAGCAAUAUCUGGAUGAGUUGGAUUACAGGGAGACCCUCUAUUUGAGAAAACAGCUGCUAGAAGAAUCUCGAAGAAUAAGGGAAAAACUUUCCAAUAGUCAGGGUUUGGCUGCUGAGAACCAUUCCAACGAUCAGGAGGUUGCGCCUGAGCCUGUUCUCUUGCCAGAUAUGUCUGUUCCUCCUAGUUUUGAUUCUGAUUGUCCAGUCCAUCGGUAUCGCUGCCUGCUGACAAGUGAUCAGUGGCUUGCAAGACCAGUACUCGAUCCUCAUGGAUGGGAUCGUGACGUGGGUUUUGAUGGAAUCAACCUUGAGACAUCUGCAGAAAUAAGAAAGAAUGUCUUUACUCGCGUCACUGGACAAAUGAGCAAGGACAAGCAAGAUUUUAGUAUUCAAUCUGAAUGUGCUGUGGGUUAUUUGGAUCCUGAGGGAAAGACAUACAGUGUAGCUCUUGAUGUUCAAUCCGGUGGAAAAGAAUUAAUGUGCACGGUUCACGGUAACAUAAAGCUGAGGAAUUUUAAGUACAAUCUUACUGAUUGUGGUGUUUGUGUGACUUCUUUUGGAAACAAGUAUUUCUUGGGUGCUAAGGUUGAAGAUAGCAUCGUAGUUGGAAAGAGGAUGAAGUUGUCAAUGAGUGCUGGUCAGAUGGGUAGUGGUGGUCAAGUUGCUUAUGGUGGGAGCUUUGGAGCUACUUUGAGAGGUAGAGACUACCCGGUCAGAAAUGAUAAGGUCGGUGUCUCAAUGACAGUUCUUUCUUUGGACAGGGAGACAGUAUUGGGUUUGAAUUUAGAGUCUGACUUCAGAUUGAGUCGUAGUACCAAAAUGUGUGUGAAUGGAAAUAUAAAUAGUCGGAAAAUGGGGCAGCUCUGUGUAAAGACCAGUAGCUCGGAACGCAUGGAAAUAGCUUUAAUUGCAGCAAUCUCAAUUUUUAGAGUUCUGCUGCGCAGAAAGCCCCAUGAUGACUAAACAGACCACCGAGGUAAUACAUUGUCUCUUUAUAGCUGGCCUUCUUAAUUGAGGGAAUUUUUUGUGGUAGAGGCUUUUAUUCAGUAGGAUAAAUGCCAAAAAAGAGGGUUUUUUUUUUUAAAUGUUUUUUUUUUUUUUGGGUUUUUGGGGGUGGGGUGAAGAGGAUAAAUUUAGUUUAGUUGAUCAAUGGGCCUAUCUUGAGUUUUUAAGAUGUAAUACUAGAUGCCUCAACACCAUGAUCCUCCGGGGUUCCGGUUUGGAUGGCAGCAAGGCUUUGAACUGUUCUCAAUGUGUAUCGUAGGACCUUGGCAGUAACAUCUAGUGAGCGAAGUUUAACAAGUGUAUAGGAAAUCCCAGCAGCAGGCGCAGACAAGACAUGCUUGGAAUUUUUUCAUAGUUAGAGGGAAAAUAAACGAAGUUUUUUUUUUGGUUGUUGCAAUGCUCGUGUAUUUGU